AUCUCACAGCAUCAGCGUGAAGUGUCUAUUACCACCUUCUUAUUUCCUGUUUAUAUGGCAACUGCCUCAACAUCCUGUUUUUAAUUACUUCUCUCCAGCAGCAGAUGCUUCUCACAGCAACCUGCUGUGGAUUACUCCCCUGAGAACUAAUGUGCUGUGACAGACCCCACUUUUCCAAUCAAUAACUCGCCCUAAAUCUGCCAUCUCUCUGCCUGCCAAACACACUCCCACUUCUAAUGGCACAUCAUUUUCUUUAAGGGGGUGUAAUUGCAGACUGUGGAAAGCUGUAGCCCUUUGUGUUCCAACUACGUAGAUACUGUAAAGGAAUCUAAAGUACAGAAACAACAGCUCACAGUCAACACAGGAAGUAAUGGGGGCUUUACAUUGUGCUCAGUCUCGCCACCAUUCCCUCACAUUACCCUUUUAAAACCAUUCACUUCCCUGUUUUGACUGAGUGCUCAGAUCACCGUGCUACUUCAUAAACCUGUUGGCGCAAGCUUGUCAAGAUGUUUGUGUCAUUUCUCUGAUGUCAAACUCUUGUGGACUAAUGAGGAUUACUUCUACAUAAUGUUCAAAAUUUCAGAAUGAAACUGGAUGUAAACUUCUCCAACAUGUCUGUGGAGUCUGGUGCUGUAAGGCCGGAGCAGGGACCAGUGGAGUACCGCAUGGUAGGCCUGAUCUUCUACUGCUUCGUCUUCAUCAUAGGAGUUGUAGUCAAUUUCACUGCUAUAUGGGUGUUCGCCCUCACCACCAAGAAGAGGAACUCUGUCACUGUCUACAUGAUAAACGUGGCCGUGGUGGAUCUCACCUUCAUCCUGCUGCUUCCCUUUAGAAUGGUUUACCACCACCAGGACUACUGGCCCUUUGGAGAUAUUUUCUGUAGAAUCAGUGCAGCUCUCACCAUAUUCUACCCCUGCAUCGCUCUGUGGCUGUUUGCUCUGAUCAGUGCUGACCGCUACAUGGCCAUCGUCCAGCCCAAGCACGGCAAAGAGCUGAGGAACAUCCCAAAGGCCGUGGUGGCCAGUUUGGGGUUGUGGGUAAUGACUCUGGGCUGCACUGUACCCCUGCUCUUCUCUGAGGAUGACCCCGAUCGCAUCUCGAAUUUUACCACCUGCAUCAAGAUGCAAGACAUCAUCUACAUGCGCAAUGACAACCCCGUCAACUUUGUGCGACUCAUCUUCUUCUUCCUGGUUCCCAUAUUUAUAAUGAUUGGCUGCUAUAUUGUCAUUGUGGAUAAUCUGAUCCACGGCCGCACCUCUAAACUCAAACCUAAAGUGAAGCAGAAGUCCAUCAGGAUUAUAAUCACACUGAUUAUCCAAGUGUUGGUGUGUUUUGUGCCUUUCCACGUGUGUUUAGUGCUCCGUUUGCUGGGGACUGGCAAAGAUGGGGGAUUUAGCACAUGGGCAGUCUUCACCACAUUCCUGAUGAACCUGAGCACAGUGUUAGAUAUCAUUCUGUACUACAUUGUCUCCAAGCAGUUCCAGGACAGGGUGAUCAGUGUGAUUUUGUACAGGAACUAUCUGCGAAGUGUGAGACGGAAGAGCAGGCACACACACACAGGCAGCAUCCGAUCAAUGAGCAACCUGACCAGCGCAAUGAUAUGAAACAACCAUCAAACUUUCAUGCCAAACAGCACACUGAUAUGUACCGCGCACGCUUUGACACAAUGUAACACUGAAUGCAUCACUGUGUACAUGGUUCAUUAUCAAAAGGAUCAAAACUUGCAAUUAAUUUCCAAGACGUAAUUUACACUCACAGUAUGGGAGUGCUGCUGCUGUGGCAAAAACAUCUGUGUCGGAGCUGAUUGACUCACCCAUGAGACUUGAGAUGUUUUCUGUACGUCUUUGCUCUAGCAGACAAAGCACGAGUAUCUGUGGCUCAGGUGUAAUACAUGCAGGCGAAAAUAAAGCUCAUAAUCAUUAAAAACAUAGCCCACAUUAUCUUAGUGUUUGCUUUGUUAUUAUGUAGAAACAUUGAAAUUAUUCUCAGCCUUCUCAUUAUGUCAGCCAACAACUAUAAAGGGCCUGACUGCCUCCACAGGGGGAAACCAACAGGAAAUGACGGUGGGUUUGUGAAGGUUGCAGCUUUUGUUUGGUCGCUGCACCAUAUUUUUAACUUCACUUCUGUAGCACCUCAGUGCUGCAUCAUUACUUAAAUAUAACCAUAAGUGCUGAAUGAUUCCAUGUACAUGAGGUGCGAAUAAACUAAGCUUGUUUGACUGGUG